AUUAGAAGGGGAUUUAUGGUACGCGUAUUUGUGCCAAGCAUUGAGCUGCAUCUUUGUUUUUCUUGAAGUGACUCUUCAAAGUAAGCACAUUGGUUGCUUUCAAACCUACCUCUACUUGAUUUAUCUUUGGUAUAACCCUUUAUUGGGUUGGUGGGGCAGGAACUGAGAAGAGAGAGUAAAUUUGUGAAACUGUGAGCAUGCAUUUAUCUUUUCUAGUCUAUGCCUCUCACCUUGAGCUUGCUGGCUGUAGGCUUCAUCAGCACUCCUCUUCCCAGGUGUCAAACAGUACGUUCACCGUGCUGGGUGACUGCACGAGGAGUUACAUCUACAGACAUCUGUCCCGGCUUUGUGCUGCAGUUCUGUCUUUUAUGGCAGAGUUGGCAGAAAAAAAACGCGUGCAUGCAGUUUAUCUGUGUGGUGCAAAGCCCGGCUCUGCUUUCAGGAGGUCAGCCCAGUGGAAGUGGGCGUGAGCUGGUAUGGCAGGAGAUAACUGAGCUGCAGAUACAGUCUCUUCUGAUGACUGUUACACACAGGUAAUUUGUCUGGUAACUUUUGGUGGAAGAGUGAUAAACAGUUGCAGUAGGUGAAAGGGAGAACUGCGAAGGGCAGCAGUACUUCAAAUCACAGCAACUGCUUGCUGCAGGGGCGUGUUUUAAUGGCUUCAGAAAGCCCAGUUUCUUUGGCUCAGCACUUUUGCUGGCUGAGGUCCACUCGAUUGGCAAAGGACCUUUGCUGUACCUCUCAGCAGUGGUGCUGCUGUGUCAGGAACUCUGCAUUUUUUGCCAAUGCAAAUCCCACUUGAGUCCUGUAGGAGCAGCUCUGAGGUGUGGCCAGGCCUGGGGUUUGUGACUGCUGCGAUCCAAUGUCCCUUAACAGCAUCCUGCAUAUGUGAUGGUUCUGAUGGCUCAGCUGGCUCAGAGGUGGCACCAGGCAGUUGGCUGGUUUUCAGGGAAUCACAGAAUGGGUUGGCUUAGAAGGGACCUUAAAGAUUAUCUAGUCCAACCUCCCUCCCAAGCUAGGUUAGAUUAGAUUGUUCAAAGCCCCUUUGUUACCUCAUGCUGUCUUGUAACACCAUGCUGUUUUAGGGACUGUGAGGAUGGAGUGACUUUCUGUUUGCUGCUUCUGUUGCUUUGCUUGGUUCAGUGCAGGGAAUUGAGGGAGGACUUGUUCACAUCUGUUAAAAAAAAAAACAGCAGAGAACAUAAUAAGUCAUCUGCUCUGGGAGUGGCAUUGAUUUGUGUAUGCGUGUGUCAAAACCUUGUCAAAACAUACCUGUGCAGGCGUUCUUUGAAAUGUUUAUAAACAGGUCAUAAAGCUAGCAGUCGUUAUAAGCAAGGAACGUGCUGGUGUCAACUGUCAAAUCAGCAAAGUAGUCCCAAGGGGGUUUUCUAAAUGUGAGUUGAUGUGUCUAGAGUGUUCAUGAAUUUUUAUUUUUUAGAAAACUAGAAGCACUUAGUGUUUUAGGUGAAUGCUGCUGAGGACAUACGUAUAAGUCCUUUGUGUAUGUGCCCUGCAUGCUCCAGGGAAAGGUAAGAAACAGGUACAUCUGUCUUCUCGUCUCUGGAUGUGGUAAACCGCAUCCUCCUCUUGUUCAGAAGUGGUGGAACUGUGUUGCCAUAUGUCAGGCAUUUAGGAUCUGACUUGGAAAUGCCAUAUAAACAGUGGUAGAAAUACCUCAGUAUGUGGCGUAAACACAGGCUUCAUUUCAUUCAAAAGGUGUCCUGGGAAAGAAAGGCACAAUGGACAAACCGUUUUGCUUGCAGUUAUAGGAGCUGUGGUUUUGUAAUAACUUUGCAGAAUGACCACAACAUCCUUCUGGAUCUCAGCCUCUUGCCUGUGAAUUGAAAGCAAUGUUUUUGACAAAGAAUGUUGAGAGGCUUAGUUUAUUUCAUAAGGUUUCUAAAAUUUCUUGGAAUCUUACAAAUAACUGGAACCAGUACCCUGCAAAUUCUUGGGUGCUUCUAUUGUUUAUACGUAUGAGGUUGUCUGUACUUCGGUGGCUGUGGAGUUCAUUUUCCUUAUCCAAAUGCUAAUGUUUUUUUCUGCUGCCUUUUAUCUUUUGUUACAGUAUUUGGUAGGAAGGCACCGGUGUUUUCUGUCAACAGUCCAUAAAGCAUGCAGGACUUGUCAUGUCGUCUCAGCAUACUGUGUGUGCCUGCACAAUGUGAGUGUGAAAGGUGGCUGGGUUCAGAGGGCUUGGCCUUGAUGUUAAUUUGAACAGGGGUGAGUUAACACAGGGGAUAUAAGAAAAUGAAGGGGUUAAUUCUUUUAAAACUCCAGUGGGCAGCAAAUUCUCUAGGAACUUUAUUGGUGAUUUUAAAAAUGAAAGAUUUUUUUGAAGUGGCUUUAUUUCAAACAGUGCUGCGCUUUUACGUUCAGUAUAGCGUAGCAGUCUGCUUGUUACUGGUUUACACUGUGUUUUGUAACCAAUUUCACAGCUAAAGUAUGUAGUAGAAUCCAUUGAUCCUUAUGUAAAAUGCAUCUGGUGAUGUUCAGCUGCCAGUCAGGGAAGAUAACAUCUGGAUGUUCUUCUCUCUUGACAGCUCUCACUCGGGCUGGGCUUUCUGGCAACUCUUUUGCUUCCCUUAUUCUGUGUGAAAUGUGAUAGCCUGAGUUAGUGGUAAAAUUUUCCUCCCAAGUAAGCUAGGAAUGAUUCAGCUGGAAAGUCCAUUGGAACUGAAUCAAGUCUUUGUUUUUGUUCUGUUUCUGAAUCAGACGUGUCUGUUGUGUUGACCCCUUGAGUUUAUUUUAUUUGAGCUCUUUAUUUGGACGGGCUCUUGCAGAUCCAGUUGGCGAGUUGGUGGUGAUCUAAGCAUAGCCUGCUUCUAUUGCAUUAGUACAGAAUGAAAACGGUCAGGUCAUUAGCUUGUUGCACCUCUGCCGUGGGGAUAACCACCUCCUAAACCACUGCAGCCAGUUUCUUAUGAGCAGGUGUGUUUUUCCUUUGUAGAUCUCAUCUCCAGAUCUCAUCUUUACUGUCCUGGGCUUCUGAAAAUGUUGCUGUGAGUCCACAGGGUACAACCACCACAUCAAAUCACUGUCAGGCUAUCCAUUUGGAGAAAUGGUGAUGCUGGUCUGUGUUCAAUCUGAACAGGGACUGUAGAAAUUGUUUCUGCAUACAAAUUCAUUCUCAGUCUUUUAAUUUUUGCAUUUCAGGCUUUUAAGAGUGCAGCCUUGUUCCAACAAACAUGACAGGCGUAACACUUUUAAAGGUCAGUGGAGUUGCAUACAUAAAUAAGGGUUUUUCUACUUAGCAAGAGUUGUAUGAUCAGCCCUAACUUUACUGAAGCGAGGAAGCUCUCCUAGUUUAGUUUAGUACCCUUCAAUUAAAUAUAAUGGACUGGUGGUACUUUAUAAGGAUAGAGUUUAUUAAUGUUUUAGAAGUAACAUUAUAUUUUACAUGGUAAUUGUAGUAAAAUUUAUAUUUAUCUUGAGAUAGUUUUGAAAUGAACUCUCAUUUUUUUUGUUUGCUCUACUGAAUCUUAAUUAACGUAACUAGUCUCUGCUGUGUUUUGCUGGUGUGUGCUAGCACUUUCCUGAAAACUUCCAGUCUCAUUUUAGCUAAGUCAUUCUGCCUGAAGCAAAGACUGAAAAAAAAAUUGUGGCUACUUUCAUCUUUGUUGGCUGUGCAUUUCUGUUAUUCUUUCAUCCUAAGAUGCUGUAGUGUUUAUUCUGAAACCUUUAUCUUUAUGAUAACACCAAAUGAAAUGCCUUAGUAGAAUAUAAAAGCAGUAAAACUCAACCUGGCUAGUUCAAUCAGUGAGACGUUAAUGAAAUACUGCAAAGUUUAGCACGUCUCCUAAGGUGCUAAUGUGCUUUCCCCUUCCUGUUUAUAAAAAUGUGACGUAUGCUGAAAUGAAUUUUAGAGUUGAUAUUAGUGCUUUGGCUGGUGAACCUUAAUCGUGUGCAUUAUAUAUGACCUGGUAGCAAACGAGAAUGUUGCCUGUCCUGUGAUACCUUGUUUCCACUGUCUUAUACUUCAGUGUGUUGUGUGAGACCCUAUGCUGCAUCUGUGGAGUGCCCUGGUAACUGCUUUGGGCUGACCGGAGGUACAGACAGCAACCCCAGGCGUUCAGUUUGAGCGCUAGCACACUAAAAAUACUUCCCCUCUACCUGUGGUUUGUUGUACAAUAUUUUACUCUGUCUGCUUGAUGGAAAUUUUUAAUAUUGCACUGCACUUAAAGUACUACAUACGUAUCUUUCCUUUUUUUGGUCUUAAGACUGGCCUGUUGGUGUGAUCCUCAUCGCCUCUCAUGGUGCACUUUUGUAGGGGUCAGAAGGGCCACCUGUACCCAGAAGUCGUAAGAAGACGCUGUGCUGCGGAGCUGGGCAGAGUCAUCGGUGAUGGUUCAUGCCCCAAACCGACGGGGGGCAACGCUGGGAUGUUUGUAUUGCAGCAGACAGUAGGAACUCUACCUGGAUAUGAGGUACUGAGGGGAAGAAGAGCAUCACGCCUGGCCGCUCACCUUGCCCAUUUGAGUGCACAUAAUGGAGACCAAGGAAGAGAAGAAGGAACGAAGACAAGGCUAUUUUGCUCGUUUGAAAAAGAAAAGGCAAGCCAAACAAAACGCUGAGACUGUCUCUGCCAAUUCACCUGGAUCUCCUGUUUCCAAAACUCCUGCUGAGAAAGAUGAUGGAAGUAAAGUUAUUUUGGACCAAAUCAGUUCCUCUGAAGACAACUGUAAAUUUUCUGGGGAAAAAGAAACUGCUCCGGACAAAGAAAAGAAAAAGAAAAAAUACAAUCAACUGAAAGACAUCAGGCGCACAGAACUUAAAAGAUACUAUAGUACUGAUGACAAUCAAAACAAAACCAAUGAAAAGAAAGAGAAGAAGAUGGUUUCUCAGAAACCCCUUGGUACAGUAGAGUAUACUGCUGGAAAUCAGGACACCAUAAACAGCAUAGCAUUAAAAUUUAACAUCACCCCAAACAAGCUUGUGGAACUCAAUAAGCUUUUCACGCAGACAAUUGUUCCAGGCCAGAUUCUCUUUGUGCCAGAAACAAGUGCUGCCAGGCUGUCUUCUUUCAGUCCUGGUGCUCCCGUUUCUCCUUCAUCAUCGGAUGCUGAAUAUGAUAAACUCCCUGAUGCUGAUUUGGCAAGAAAGGCCUUCAAACCAGUUGAGAGGGUCCUGUCUUCCACCUCAGAAGAGGAUGAGCCUGUGGUUGUCAAAUUUUUAAAAAUGAAUUGUCGUUACUUCACAGAUGGUAAGGGUGUAGUUGGAGGAGUCAUGAUAGUGACUCCAAAUAACAUCAUGUUUGACCCACAUAAAUCUGAUCCUCUGGUAAUUGAGAAUGGCUGUGAAGAAUACGGGCUAAUCUGCCCCAUGGAGGAGGUUGUCUCUAUAGCUCUCUACAAUGACAUCUCUCACAUGAAGAUUAAAGAUGCAUUGCCAUCUGACAUACCAAAGGAUCUUUGUCCUCUGUACAGGCCAGGAGAAUGGGAAGACCUUUCCUCUGAGAAAGAUAUCAAUCCUUUCAGCAAAUUCAAAUCCCUUAGCAAGGAAAAGAGGCAACAGAACGGGGAUUCAUCCACUGUGCCAGGUGCCAAACAGAUAAAACCUUCAGAUAAGGAAAAGUCUGCUGAUUUUGAAGUUCUUCAGUCAUCUGAGAGUACAGGUUCAGUCAAAUCAAAGUCACUGGAGUUUACCAACAAUAUCACUGCCACUGAGCAUUUGGAAAAGUUUGCUGUGGAUCCACGUACCAAGGAGCCUUCUGGAGAAAAAAACGUUUCAGACAUCAGAACCAAAGACAACUCCCUUCUGGGAAGAGGAGGGGAUGAUUUCAUCGAACUGGAAAAGACAUCAUCUCGUGUGGAUAGAGGGCUGGACAGGAAAAUCUCAGUAAUGGAAGGCUUGCUGGCUGACCCCAAGGAGUUGGGGAGAACUAAGCAGCAGGUAACCAAACCUGCUACAGAAGUCCAGGAGCACUUGACUGUUGAUUCCUUGGAAAAAAAGGACAGUGUUGAACCUAAAGCUGACUUAGACUUAGAGCUGUGUGAAAAGCAAGAUGUUAUUCCAGAAGUAAACAAAUGUGUCAGUUCCCCGACAGGUAAGGUGGAGACUGCAUUGGACACUAAGAAAGAGCUAGAGAAAGAUAAACUUAUCGAAUUUUACCUCAAUAAAGAUGGGAAUGGGUCUCAGUCAUCUGAAGACUUACACAAGGCUGAAAUCCAGAAAGGUGAAAACAAUAAAGCAAUUGGCAUAGACCUUACACUUAGCUGUUCAAAGUCCCAAGCUAAUGAAGUCCAUACAGUUAAAAGUAUGGAGCUUGAUUCCUGCUGCACUGAGAGGAAAGCACCUUCAUUAGAAAUCAGCUCAGCAGCAGCAGAGGAAAAGGAUCUGAAAGAGUCUGUGGACUCUUCAUUAGUACCAGCUGUAGACAAGACCUGUCAAGAAACACAGUUAGACAAUCAAUCAGAGAUCAGACUGUGGCUGCUGCAGAAAAUUCAAGUGCCAAUUGAAGAUAUGCUUCCUUCAAAAGAGGAGAAGAGCAAAACUCCUCCAAUGUUUCUGUGCAUUAAAGUAGGCAAACCCAUGAGAAAGUCCUUUGUGUCUCAGAGCACCACCAUGUCUCAACAGUACAGUAAAAAGAUAAAGCAACCAGAGUACUGGUUUGCUGUUCCUCGGGAAAGGGUGGAUCACCUGUACACAUUUUUUGUUCAGUGGUCACCAGAAAUAUAUGGGAAGGAUGCCAAAGAGCAAGGUUUUGUUGUGGUAGAAAAGGAAGAGCUUGAUAUGAUAGACAACUUCUUCAGUGAGCCAACUACUAAAAGCUGGGAGAUCAUUACUGUAGAAGAAGCAAAACGGCGCAAGAGUGUUUGCAGUUACUAUGAAGAAGAAGAAGAUGAUACUUUACCUGUCUUAAAGCAUCACAGCGCACUCCUGGAGAAUAUGCACAUAGAGCAGCUUGCCCAGCGCUUGCCUGCAAGAGUGCAGGGAUAUCCCUGGCGGCUUGCAUAUAGCACACUGGAGCAUGGGACUAGCCUGAAGACUCUGUACCGUAAAUCAGCAUCUCUUGACAGUCCAGUUCUCCUUGUCAUCAAGGAUAUGGACAACCAGAUUUUUGGAGCAUAUGCUACACAUCCCUUCAGGUUUAGCGACCACUACUAUGGCACUGGUGAAACAUUCCUCUACACAUUCAGUCCAAAUUUCAAGGUAUUCAAAUGGAGCGGGGAGAAUACCUACUUCAUCAAUGGAGACAUGACCUCCCUGGAACUUGGAGGUGGAGGUGGCCGGUUUGGUUUAUGGUUAGAUGCAGAUUUGUAUCAUGGGCGAAGCAACUCCUGCAGCACCUUCAAUAAUGACAUCUUAUCUAAGAAAGAAGAUUUCAUAAUACAGGAUGUAGAAGUAUGGACAUUUGAAUGAAGUACUUACUGACUGCCUUAAGGACUGGAUCCAUUAGGCACUUAAAAAGUAGAAGGUGCGGGCUGCCUCACAAUGUUACACGCUUUUUUCUCAAGUUGUACCAGAGCAUGACUACGCAAAAAAUAACCAAGGAAAAACAGAGCCGGUUCUGAGAGGCAGUAGGAGACAGAACAAUAAAAGACCAGAGGCGUUUUUUACUCCCUCCUCCAACAUUCCUCCAUCAGAGAUAUGAUGCUUAUGAUAACGUUCAUGGUGUAUAAAUUGAAAACUUCUGUAACUGUGAAAAAGAUACUGUGGGAAAACUAUAAUUGUCUAGUACAUUCCAUGUGUAUUUAUGUUCAGUGUACAAAUGCUAACCAAAAAUAAAAGGUUACUUCACCAAAAUCUACAGCAUACUGUUUGCCAUGGAAAAGAAUCAGAAGUAGGUGUACACAGCACUUAAGGGAACAUGUUUUUAAAGUCUUUUUAUUUAUUGUUAUUGUAUAGCAGAUUUUUUUUGUGAAUGUAUUAGGUAUGAUUUUUUUUUAAUGUUUCAGACCUCAAUUUGAUAAAUAAUUUCUAUUCAGGUAGGUUUCUUAGGCAUUGGCAUUUAUUCUGAAUCAAUUUCUUUGAUUUCUGGAGUUAAUUUUUAUAUUAUUUUGUACAUGAGAUUUGGUUUUCAUUUUACCCUAAUAAGAGGGUUUGUUUUCUGGCAGAAACACUUGAGUGCAUAAUUCUGGUUUUCUCGGAGAUGAGGGGAAGGUGGUUAGUGCUUCUCAUUAACUCUGCUGCCACGUUCCUGUUAACAGAUUACUGUUUUGGCAGCGUAUGGAGACACCGGGCAAACUGCCACCUAGUAUAGACUGUAUCAGCUCUGGUGCAGUCAACAGAAUUGGGACAGCAUGCUCAGAGCAUCUGUCCUAGUGCUAUGUGACUGUUUAUGAAGGACGUUUCUAAGAGAGGAUUGUUUUUCUGUAUUACCACCAAAUGAAUCAAAAUAAACCACCCACUGUGCUUUUUUUGAGCAUUUCUUUACAAGUUGAAUAACUGCUUUGUUAAGGAGAAAAUGCAAUCUUAAGAUUUAGAGAAGAAUGAUAUUUCCCUAACAGGCCAGGUCAUGUUAGUGUAAUAGUUGUUUUCUUAGUAAUUAAUAUAUGACUUCCUUCCUGAAAAAGACUUGAAGCAACGGGCUGGCUGAGGAUUUGACAUGCAAAGAAAUUGUCGUCUUUGUUUUCAUGAAAUAAUUGGAUAAUUUUCUUCUUUCUCCCCUCAACACCAACAAGACUCAGUGUUACAAAAUUAGGCUAAACUCUAAAAAGGUCAGUACUACUAAAAUUUUGGCAAGUAGGGAAAGUGUGACAGAGGACUGGCAAUCUUCACUGGUUUCUAAAGAAUUCUGCUUUCCAGUUAAGCUAUGCUUUUAUUUACACAAUCCAAAGCUGACCGAAACAGCCUUUGUGGCUACGCUAGAACACUCUCCUGCCCCGUUAGUCUCGUAUGCGGGGUUGUCCUGAGAAAGGCAGGUUUUAGAAAUGGUAGUGUGCUUCCAUGCAUUAAACAGUACAACCUAAUUCUAGAAUAUCAUUAAUGAAGUAAUACAACUCAGUUUAGUUACUGCUCUUCUUUUUUUUUUAAAUGUAUUUAAAGAAAAAGAAGCCAGUGGUUUUCUUUCAAGAGCAUUAACAAAUCUUAAUUCUGCACAGAAAUUUCACAGCCUACAACCCAUGCUAGAUACAGCAAGUCUGUACCAUGAUGCACGUAAGCUUUUCACAGUUCCCGUCUACGUGGUCUACUACAGCCGUAAAUGAACUUACUGGUGAUGCUGUAAAAUAUUUUCCCAGUUGCUAGUAGCAUAAUGCUUUGAAGAUACCAGAAAUAUCUACUAGUUUGCUCUUUUUAUGGUGGCAGACCACUUACUAGUUUAAAAAAAAAAACAGAAAACGAACAAAAAAAAACAAACAAAAC